ACUAAACGGGUUGUGAAAAUAAGCUUCCUUUAUAGAUUUGAAAUGUUGGUAGUUAGUGUUUUGUUGGCCCUGAUUGCUUUAGUAUCCGCCCUCCGUUCGUAUGAUUUAGAAAAUGACUGGAAACAGUUUCAGCUCGCCUAUAACCGGAAUUAUACAAAUCGGGCAGAACUUCAUUACCGAAAAGAAAUUUUCAAUAAAAAUCUGGAAAGUAUUGAAAAGCAUAACGAAGCCUAUGAAGCAGGCCAGCAAUCUUACAUGCAAGGGGUCAAUCAGUUUACUGACCUAACAUUCGAAGAAGUACAGAAAAGACUUCUAGGAUAUAAAGGGGACAUGGCAAGCGCAGAUAGCAGCGUCGAUUUAGAUAUUCUAAAGGUUAACGAUGAAGACGUACCUGACUCACUUGAUUUGAAAGAAAAGGGAUAUGUUACUCGAGUAAAAUACGAAGGAAGAUGUUCUUCUUGUUGGGCAUUCUCAGCUGUGGGCUCAAUCGAAGGACAGCUCUACAAAGCCACCAAGAAACUUGUAUCCCUUUCCGAACAGGAGCUAGUAGAUUGUUCGAAAUCUAAUAGCGGAUGUCAUCGUGGUGGCUCCAGGAGACGAGCUUUUGAAGAUCUAAAAGAAAUUGGUGGCAUCGCCUUAGAGGAAUCAUAUCCUUAUGAAGGUGUAGACGGUGAAUGUAAGUUUGAGAAGGAGAUGGCAGUAGCUGAAGUGACUGGAUUUAAAACCUUAUUAAAAGACGAAAGUGAGUUGAAGAAAGCGGUAGCCACAAUCGGACCUAUAUCUGUAAGCGUUCAAGCUACCGACAAUUUCAUUAAGUACAAGAACGGAGUAUUCUACGAUAGCUCAUGCUAUGGGGAGAGAACGAAUCACAUGUUGUUGGCAAUGGAAAGGAUAAUUGGAGCGGUCAGGAUUAUUGGAUUGUUAAAAAUUCCUGGAAUGAUCGUUGGGGUGAAAAUGGGUAUAUCAGAAUGAGUCGUAAUCGUGAUAAUAACUGCAAUAUUUCAUCAGUUGCACGAUAUCCUUUCGUUACCCCCAUAGAAAACAAUUCGAGCUUUACUAAUGAAUAAACAAUGUUGUGAAUUUGUUUUUGUUGUUCCUCCACAAAAUUGAAUAAAUCGAAA